CUAAACAGGUACUUGCACUUGUUGAUGUUGUAGAGCUAAGCAGAGAGAGCUAAGCAAGGUAUAUUGGAUACAGACGAUUUGUUGAUAAAGCAAGGCUAUCUUGCCAAGGGUACCGCACCACAGUUUUAUGAUCGUAAAGACUUAUUAAAUUGCCUUAAAUUUGGCCACAACCGAAACUGUAGCUACUAGCGUGAUAUGUCACGAAAAUAUCAGAAUUUUCAAGCUGAAUGUCGCACUAAGGAUGAACAAAUUGUAGCAGGUGUGAAGUUGUGGAUGACAUCUCUAAAUGCUGGAGAGGAACUAAAGUGUGGAGGUUCUGAUAAGGAAAUUGCUCAACUUUUACAUGAUGCCUACGUGAGUUAUAAGAAGGGUAACAUAAGAGAAGCUUGUAAUGUUUUGGUGUUUAUCAAUGAUAGAUUUAUUGAUGUGUAUGAUCACGUCAGCAAUGAGACAUUACUCACAUUUCGUUUAAUUGAUAUAAAGGAUGUAACCAAAGGUCAAGAUCGUUAUUCUAAAUUCUCAGUUCUCGUUGCGAAAGAAUAUGAUGAUACGUCUUUUAAAGCCUAUAUUUUCUACAACAAGAAAACACCUGCGUGUUUUUAUAAUAUCACUAGGAGAGCGUUUCAGCUUGGGUUUCAUGCAUUGAAGAAGGCAGGUUCCACUUCUCAAUAUUCGAAUUCGGACAGCACUGACUCUAUUUCAAGAACACGUCAAUUAGAUAUGUAUAAUACGAAGUACAGAGAUAAAACAAACUAUGGGAAUUAUGGGUUAUGUUGUGAAACUUCAGAUAUUUCAGAUUCAGACCAAUCGGACGAUGAAUUUGAAUGGUAUUCAGAACAAACAUGCUUGCUACAUCCUCAUAGCAAUAUGGCUGAAUUUCAUCAAAGACCAAAACAAAGUCAAAGACGUUCUUCUUCCAGGGAAAAAGCCUGUUUUUGUUAAAAGACUAAACUAAGACAAGCAAAGAAACUUUGAAAGAAAUUCAGAAAAUCAUGAAAGGGUGAAAGACUUCAAAUUUAUCUCGUACGUUGUCAAAGGACAAAAUGUCGAUUGUCGGGCAUAAAUUAGCUCAUAUAUAUUAAUAAUAUGGCACUGAAUCACUGAUUGAAAUUGUUUAAUUUGAAAGCCAAAAGGUGUAGUAUAUAGCCUUAUACAAAGAAUAUUAAUUUGAUUAUAUCUCAGUUGGUCUGAUAAAUGAAAGUGGUUCAAUAAGUUAUAGAAUGUAACUUAUGGCAUUGUAAUUGAUGCGGGUCAGUCUCGUUCACGGGAAUAGACACGCCGCGCGGACGUUGGGAGUCUAUACUCUAUAGAGUACGGACAAUAUACUGUACCUGAACCACAUCCAUGUGCAUUUUGCAUGAAGGCUACAUUGUUCUUUUCAACUUUUUUAACUUCAUAACUUUAAACCUUGUAUUAUAUUGUUUAAUCUUAGUGUAGGCUUCGGUGGCGCAGUCGACAGAGCAAGCGCCUUUCACCUCUGAGAACGUGGCUUCGAUUCUCGCUACGGACCCAUGCGAAGAGUCAGUCAACGCUCUGCCGAAAGUCGUGGGUUUCUUCGGGUGCUCCGGUUUCCUCCCACAGGGAAAGUUGACAUGGUUGGUUUUUGGUUAGAAUAAACAUAGUUAGGGAAGUAUAAUAUCACAAUAGCUUGAGGAUCCCUGAGCCAGAAUCGGUCGGACAUA